AUGUCUAAUUCUAUUAAGAUCCAUAUAUUGGGCUUAGGUUCUAUAGGUGGCAUUGUAGCUAAUGCAUUGCAAGAAUACAGUGUUGCUAGUAAUACACCUAUAAAAAUCAUUCCUAUCUUGAGAAAUAACAGCAAACUAGAUUAUUUUUCUAAAAACCACAAUACCCAAAUCAAAAUCACCAAAAUAUAUGAAGAUAAUAAACAAAUCACCACUGAACCAUUUAAAGAAACAACUAGUUUGGAAAGUAUAUCCGCAGACAAUACUAAUAGUAUACAAAACUUAAUUAUCACCACCAAAACAUACCAGACUGCAGAAGCGAUGAAACCAAUAUUGCCAUUAAUUAACAGAUCUACAAAUAUACUUUUCAUUCAAAAUGGUCUGGGGAUAAUGGAUUUUUUACUUAAGGAAUUACCACAAUUGGCAGGAGACAACUCAAAAUUGAACCCUUCAAGAGUUUUCCAAGGUGUUAUUUCGCAUGGUGUGUUCAGCAAUGAGCCUUUCCAUUUUCAGCAUGCUGGAUUUAUGGACUUGAAAAUUUCACAAUUAAUAUACAGUGCCAAUACAAGAAUCAUACAAACCAAUAAACAAGUUGCUGAAAUAUUAACAAAUAACGAUUUUAUAAGAACAAUGGCUGAAAUUCCAUUAAAUGUGAAAUUCAUGUCCUACCAAGAGCUGCUAACCGGACAGGUUGAAAAAUUCUGUGUAAAUUCGUGUAUUAAUAGUAUAACUACCAUAGUUGAUUGUAUUAAUGGAGAAUUGGAUGGGAUCUGUGUUGAUAUUUUCAGUGAAAUAAUUAAGGAAAUAUUACAGGUGUUACCAACAAGCACCAAAUAUAAGGAUAUUUUCAGUUAUGGCAACACUGAGAAUGAUCAAGAUUUACCAGUUUUGGAAAAGAAUCCUAAAGAUGUUUUGAAUUUUGAGAAUCUUUUGAAGUAUGUUAUUGAAUGUGGAUGUGUUAUUAAUAAGAAUAAUUCUAGUAGUAUGAGACAAGAUGCAUUAAAUUUGAGGGAUACUGAGAUAGAUUUUAUCAAUGGGUACAUUGUGAAAUUGUGUGAAGAUACGGGUAAUAUUGAGAUGUGUAAGAUCAAUAAAACAGUUAGUAUAUUGGUUAAAUUAAGGUUGUCAUUAAAUAGGAAAAGAGGUAAAUGA